CAAUCCUUUUCCUUUACAUUGUUUAUAAAUAGAAAGUCUCAGGGAUAAGCAUGAAGCUUGAAAGAAUUGAAGUACAUUUGAGAGUUUCUUGAAGAGAGAGAUGGCUGCAAAAGAUAAUACGAUGCCCAUUGUAAGCAAGAUGUUCUGUUCAUCGUCUCAGGUGGUUCUUACAGUUAGGAGGAGGCCACAUGUUGUGUACGGAGGAGGUUUCGUGGUCACUGAUUGUAGCCAAAAUGUUGUGUUCAGGGUAGAUGGGUGUGGAAUUCUUGGCAAGAAAGGGGAAUUGAUUUUAAGGGAUGGGGAUGGAGAUGAUUUGCUUCUCAUCCGCCGAAAGGGAGGGAUUGUUGAAGCAUUAAGCAUUAACAGGCAGUGGAAGGGUUAUACAUUGGACUAUGAUGGAUCACAAAAGUUGGUAUUCAGUUUAAAAGAACCAAACUUAUGUAUUGUGAAGAACAAUCCAAUAAGAAUCUCCAUUGAACCUAAAGGAUGCUCCAAAAACUCUGAUUUUGAAAUCAAGGGUCACUUUUCUGAUAAAGCUUGCAGUAUCCUGGACUAUAAAGGCAACAUUGUGGCACAGGUUGGGGUGAAGAGAGAGGUGGAGGACAAUAUGGCAAGCAAAGAUCUGUAUCAUGUAAUUGUGAAACCCGGGAUUGACCAGGCAUUUGUCUUCGGCGUAAUUGCCGUUCUGGAUUACAUCUACGACGGAUCUACCCGCUGCUAAAAUUCACAAUUUUCAAUGCUCUCAUUUAUGUAUCAAAGACAUGGCAAAAAAAGAUUAGUGUUAACUCCGUCGAGCUAAUCCUAAGCAUUAUGCUUAAUUUCUUUACAUUUUUCUGUGUAACUGAAGUAUAUCCCAUUUCAACAAUUCAUUUUUCUAUUUCCUCAAAA